GGCACAGGAGGGCAACAUGGCUGCCCCCAGUGCGCCGCUUCCGGGGGCUUGUGGGAGUAGCCCUGACCCGCAGCCGUAGCACCGUGCUCCCUGUGCACUCACCAGCAGAGCCUCGGUCGCGCUCCGCUAGCUCUGCAAGGCUGCGGCUGCGGAGGGAGCCAUGGGGACCGUGCAUGCCCGGAGUCUGGAGCCCCUGCCCGCCAGUGGCCCUGACUUUGGAGGAUUAGGCGAAGAAGCUGAAUUCCUUGAAGUUGAACCUGAAGCUAAACAGGAAAUUCUGGAAAACAAAGAUGUCGUUGUGCAGCACGUUCAUUUUGAUGGACUCGGAAGGACUAAAGAUGAUAUCAUCAUCUGUGAAAUCGGAGAGGUCUUCAAGGCCAAGAACCUCAUUGAGGUCAUGCGGAAAUCUCAUGAAGCCCGUGAAAAGCUGCUUCGUCUCGGGAUCUUUAGACAAGUGGACGUUUUGAUCGAUACGUGUCAAGGUGAUGACGCACUUCCCAAUGGGCUAGAUGUCACCUUUGAAGUGACUGAGUUAAGGAGGUUGACAGGCAGUUACAACACCAUGGUCGGAAAUAACGAAGGCAGCAUGGUCCUCGGCCUCAAGCUCCCCAAUCUGCUGGGCCGUGCAGAAAAAGUGACUUUCCAGUUUUCUUAUGGCACCAAAGAAACGUCCUACGGCCUGUCCUUCUUCAAACCGCAGCCUGGGAACUUCGAGAGAAACUUCUCGGUAAACCUGUACAAAGUCACCGGACAGUUCCCGUGGAGCUCGCUGCGGGAGACGGACCGAGGAGUGUCCGCCGAGUACAGCUUCCCCAUAUGGAGGACCAGCCACACUGUCAAGUGGGAGGGCGUGUGGCGGGAGCUGGGCUGCCUCUCCAGGACCGCGUCCUUCGCUGUGCGGAAAGAGAGCGGACACUCGCUGAAGUCGUCGCUCUCGCACGCCAUGGUCAUCGACUCGCGGAACUCUUCCAUCCUGCCCAAGCGGGGGGCCCUGCUGAAGGUGAACCAGGAACUAGCGGGCUACACUGGCGGGGACGUGAGCUUCCUGAAGGAGGACUUCGAGCUGCAGGUGAACAAGCACCUCGUGUUGGAUUCGGUUGUCUCUGCGUCGCUGUGGGGUGGAAUGUUGGUGCCCAUCGGGGACAAGCCGUCCAGCAUCGCGGACAGGUUCUGCCUCGGAGGGCCCACCAGUGUCCGCGGAUUCGGCAUGCACAGCAUCGGGCCCCAGAGUGAAGGGGACUACCUGGGUGGUGAGGCAUACUGGGCCGGAGGCCUACACCUGUACACCCCGCUGCCCUUCCGGCCAGGCCAGGGUGGCUUCGGAGAGCUUUUCAGAACCCACUUCUUCCUCAACGCGGGAAACCUCUGCAACCUCAACUACGGGGAGGGCCCCCGAGCCCACAUCCGCAAGCUGGCCGAGUGCAUCCGCUGGUCCUACGGCGCCGGCAUCGUCCUCCGGCUCGGCAACAUCGCACGGCUGGAGCUGAACUACUGCGUCCCCAUGGGCGUGCAGCGGGGCGACAGGAUCUGCGACGGCGUCCAGUUCGGAGCUGGGAUAAGGUUCCUGUAGCUGGGCUGCCUCAGGCGUCCGCGCUCCUGGAACCCUCGCAGCCAAGCGAGCCGGGCCUCGUCCUCGCCAGCAAACGUGUCAAUAAAUUGUGAGGACACAUA